UCUCCUCAACAUUGGAGAAGCAUCAUGUUCCUCUUAUCUGCCCUUCCCUUCUUGGCUUCCCUCAUCUCCCUCGUCUCUGCUCAGUACUCAAAUGCUAUCAAUGGCACAGCCAGCAAUGGCACUACAACCUUCAACAACCCUAUCCUCAAUGAGGUAGGAGCAGACCCAUGGGUUAUCCGCCACGGCGACUACUACUACAUGACAUAUACUACCAACACCAACAUCACCAUCCUUCGCAGUUCUGUUCUGACAGACUGGGACAAUGCCGACGUCAAACUAGCCUUUGACCCUCCACCAGGCAUGAACUACUCGACUGAUCUCUGGGCACCUGAAUUGCACCUGAUCGAUAACUCCUGGUACAUCAUCAUGACUGCCGACCCUAAUUUCGACACGCCCUCGCCCGAGAUUGACAUGUGGUGCGACUUCAACUGCCCUGCUGUUCACCACCGCAUGUAUGUUCUCGAAGGCUCAUCCUCAGAUCCUUGGGACUCGACGUACACUCUCAAGUCUCAGCUCAACACGUAUGAUCAGUUCGCGAUUGAUGGUACCUACUUCCAGCAUGACUCUGGACUUUACCACAUCUACAGUUGUUGGUACCGCCAGUACGAUGCAUGGCCAGCCAAUCUCUGCAUUACUAAGAUGUCUGAUCCUUGGACUGUCGAAAGUAACUUCACCGAACGCCAGAUCAUCAGCACUCCUGACAACCCUUGGGAGAAGACACCUUACGGUCGCCCCUUCAACCAGCGUCUUUCCUCCAACGAAGGCCCGCAGCAACUCACCAAUCCCACCACAGGCCAACAGUUCGUAAUCUACAGUGCAGCUCGCUCUGACAACCGCAACUACUGCCUCGGCCAACUCGAGCUCAUUGGUGACGACCCGAUGAACCCGUCCGACUGGCGCAAGAAUAACCAAGGUUGUGUCUUCUACCAAAACCCCAAGGCAGAGGCGUAUGGUGUUGGUCAUGCAAGCUUCACCAAGAGUCCUGAUGGUACCGAAGACUGGAUUGUGUAUCACGGCAUGAGAGAUCCCGCUAACGGAUGGAGUGCAAGAACUAUCAGAGCACAGCCAUUUACUUGGAAUGCUGAUGGUUCGCCCAAGUUCCCGAGACCUGGCUAUGGGCCUUAUCAAGUGCCUUCCGGACAGGCUUGAAGAGAAAAAAGAGCCUUUGCACACUUGAACAGCGAUCAGUCAGAAAUGUAGAAACACGACAAU